AUGAGACUCGCUGUUAUCCUCACCUCGCUCAUAGCCUGUGCAGUCAAAUCAGUUCGCGCAGGCUGUAAAGACCCUCACCAUCUCUCGGGGCAUUUAGCAUUCUACUGUGUGGACGAAGUCACUCAAAUCGAGUUCGAAUAUGUUGACAUGAAACACCGAUUUGCCAAUAUGGAGACCGAUGCAGACCUAGCGGAAUUAGUAUAUGAAACUUAUCACGAUUUCUUUUACGAUACACCUGCUCAACGACCUAUCUUUGGAAGUGAUGAGACUGAAGAGAUAGAAUGGACCAAGCGGGAUGAGACGGUAUAG